ACAUAGCUAUGACGUAGUUACUCCGUAUGCGCAGAUAUUUACAGAUAUUUAUUGAUAGACUGUGCUUGGAAUUUGGAUAAGUCGCUGGAAUAUGUCUCAAUUCACCAGUGAUACUCGCACCGCAUCACUGAAGCUAUCAGAUGUGCCCGGUGAUAUUGGUUUGACUGAGAAAAUGGUGAUAAAGAGGAGGAGGAUCUUUAUGUUGAUGGAAACUAUCGACAACACCACUCACAGAUUACUGGGGGAGAAAGCCUCUGUUACUUUUUAUAACUUUGGUAGCCAGACAGAAGGUUCGACAACAAUGGAGCUAGACUCCGACAUUGAUACACUCGUGAGUUUACAUUUCAUUAAUGUUAUUCAGGAUUUGAGUGAGUGGAAAUUCGGAGUCAUAAAUGUUCAGAUGAUUCAGGACGAGUCAACAUCUCCUGGUUACUGUCUUUUGCAAGUUUUGCGACCGGAGGUCCCUCUUCCGGAUUAUAACCUCAGAUCUGCACUGUCUUAGAUGUUGAUAUAGACAGAAAGGGGAGACCGCUAUUGAAAAACUCAUGUUUUGAUGAUAAUAUUCUAUCAAAUCAGUUUAGAAAUGGUCCUGCCAAUACAUUCAAAGAAGUGCCAGGUUAUAAUGCUGAAGAUAACGUUCUUGCAUUGUAUUUUGAAUCUUGGCCUGCGAAAGCCCGACCUUGGUUAGUAAGGCAAAGUAAAGGAGGAUGGCCUACAGAAGAAAUGAAGAGAUAUUGUGAGACUACAGGAUGCUUUCUUGUACCAGUAGGCAGUAAAAGUGGCCAGAAUCAGGAAACUGAAUGGAGAAUAUCUACUUCCCUAGCUGAUAGAUGUCUGAUGUUCGAUUUAAAUAUCACACAAAUAAGAUGUUACGUGCUGAUGAAGAUGAUUCUUAAAACGUUUAUUAAUCCUCAGUGCGAUGGUGUCCUGUCAAGUUUCAUGUGUAAAACAGUGUUGCUUUACUGUGUCGAAAAUACUCAAUCGAAUGUAUGGGUGGAGCACAAUCUACUAGCAUGUUUAAACCAUUGCCUUUUAGAAUUGCAUACCUGUAUUACACAAGAAAACUGUCCGCAUUUCAUUACGCCUGAAAACAAUCUAUUGGCAGGAAAACUAUCUCCGCAAAUCAGAUGUAGACUUCUGGAAAUUCUGCAGAAAAUCAUACAGAGUGAGGGUGCGGCACUACUUGAGAUUUCUAUUGAUGAUCUAGGCAUGAGACUGGAGGAGAAGAUGAACACGAUUCUAGCGCGUCCAGUGUAUCAACAUUACAAGUCCCCAGCUGCUGUUCACGCCCAGAUAUCAGCAAAGCUACUGAAGCAUGUAGCUAGACAACUAGCUAUACGUCACGACUUUUAUUUAUCAAAAGUAAUGUAUAACGAAAAGCAGAUAGUACACUCUAGAUUGUUAGUCUGCACGCUUGCUAAAAGGUAUGCAGGAAAUAGUCUCAGUAGUUUGGAGAAAGCGACUUACAAGGUUGUUAUACCUUUACUGUGUUCUUCAUUGGCAUCUGCUAUUGCGUCACGUGACAUAGGUACUAACAAAACCAUAUCGCAAGAAGCCGAGGACUGGUUUUCAGCAGGAUUGAAUUCAGACGUAUCAUCUGGCAGAUUGAAAUUUGCAUCAGCUUUAUAUUGUGCCGGUGAUUUUGAAAGGGCGGAGCUUAUUUUAAGAAAUACUGAAGAUAUCUAUGAUCAGGAUUCUGUUGAAACAGUUUGUACUUGCAGAGAUGGGAGAGUGGUAGUGUACAGAAUGGAAUUUUUCAAUAGAUCAAACACUGGAAACGAAGAACUAGUCAAACAGAUAACAGCAUUUUGUGUUAGAUUUAUACCCUGUGAAAAAAACUGUGUCCCAAAAGAAAUGCAAUAUGAAAUGUUUAGAUCAACAAAAGAGGAAAUGCUCAAGAGGGAUAAACACAGAGACUCUUGGAUGGACUGGUCAGUAGUAGAUUCUCUCCCUUACCUCUACUUUCUACAGUACAAAACGUAUGGCCAGCUUCGGAGAACAGCAGGCAAGUAUAUGGCACUAGCAAACCUCAUCGUUUGCACCCUAAGAGGACUUAACAUUAUGCACACUGAAACGGCCCUUAAUUUACUAGGACAGUGUUUGGAACAGGAGAACCGGUUUGCAGGUGCAUUUAAAUGCUAUGUAAGAUCCCUCAAUAUAUGUGAAAAAAAUAAUGUCGCAAAGAUACAUAUAUGUAGAUUACUCAAUGUUUUAGUAAACAGAAAGGCAGUGUAAACUUGAUAGAUGUCAAUCAGGUGUAUGGUCAGUGCCUUAAAAUUGAAGAGUCAGAAAAGGCUUUAUUUGCUCGAGCUCUUUAAAUGAUAGCAACAUCUACAGACAGAUCGGACUAAUACAACUCGUAAUAUAAAUAUAUGAGCGAGGCAUAUGUUCUCCAUGACGAUUUGAUGAAAGUUAUUGUGUCUGAAAGCAUAAUUAUGUCCUCCACCUCUGAUUCAUGUGUAUAAGUUGGCAGUUACUUGCUGAGAACAAGUUUGUACUGGUACAGAAUCCAGGAAUACUGGUUAGGUUAACUGUCUGCCGCUACAUGACAGAAAUACUGUUAAAAAAAAGUUUCUAGCUUUUAUUCAGUACUGAAGCUACGCCGCUCAAUCAUUUUUAUAGGUUCAGCCGUGCCAUGGGAAAACCAACAUAGUGGCUUUUCGACCAGCAGUCUGGUCAGGAUCCAUGCUGUUCUCUAACGGUUUCUCUAAUUGCAUUAGGAAUUGAUAGCGAACAGCAUGGAUCCUGACCAGACUGCGAGGAUGCGCAGGCUGGUCUGGAUCCAUGCUGGUCGCAAAGCCACUAUGUUGGUUUUCUCAUGGCACGGCUCAGGUUAGUUUUUAAUACUUCCAUUUGCUCCUGCCACGUACAAACCCAAGUUGAUCUGGUGUUAAUGAGAUUGGAUUACCAGUCAAUAAUUGCCGUCAGACUGCGACAUUUGGACAAAACAUACAUUUCGAUCAAAUACCUUUUGGCAUUUUGUCUAGUAAAUGUUCUGUGGUGCCUGUUUAAUCAAACCCUUUUAUUCAAAGGUAAAGAUAUACUGCAAUUUUAAAAACAAGAGGGCCCUGAAUGCCCUGUAUCGCUCACCUGACCUAUGGACCUAAAGAUCAGAUCAUAAAGAUUAACAUUCUGACCUCUCUGGCCUCUAGAUUGUUAACAAGCUUUACCUUUGAUUUGAUCUGGUGACCUAGUUUUUGAUCCCAUUUGACCCAGAUUGGAACUUGACCUUAAGAUUAACAUUCUGACCAAGUUUCAAUAAGAUACGGUCAUAAAUGUGGCCUCUAGAGAGUUAACUAGCUUUUCCUUUGAUUUGACCUAGUUUUGACCCCACAUGACCCAGAUUCGAACUUGACCUAAAGAUCAUCAAGGUUAACAUUCUGAGCAAGAUUCAUGAAGAUACAGUCAUAAAUGUGACCUCUAGAGAGUUAACAAGUUUUUCCUUCGAUUUUUUGACCUGGUGACCAAGUUUUUGAUCCCACAUGAUCCAGAUUCGAACUUAACCUUGAGGUCAUCAAGACAACAUUCUGAUUAAGUUUCACAGAGAUAUAGCCAUGACUGUGGCCUCUAGAGUGUUAACAAGCUUUUCCUUUGAUUUGACCUGGUGACCUAGUUUUUGACUUCAGAUGAUCCAAUAUCGUACUUUUCCAAGAUUUUAUUGAUGGUAGCAUUCUGACCAAGUUUCAUUAAGAUUGGGCCAAAAUUGUGACCUCUAGAGUGUUAACAAGCUUUUCGUUUGAUUUGACCUGGUGACCUAGUUUCUGACCCCACCUGACCAAGAUUGGAACUUGACCUAAAGAUUCUAAAGAUUAACAUUCCGACCAAGUUUCAAUGAGAUACGGUCAUAAAUGUGGCCUCUAGAGUGUUAAUUAUCUUUUCCUUUGAUUUGAUCUGAUGACCUAGUUUUUGGCCCCACAUGACCCAGAUUCUAACUUGACCUAAAGAUCAUCAAUGUUACCUUUCUGACCAAGAUUCAUGGAGAUACAUUCAUAAACGUAGCCUUUAGAGUGUUAACAAGUUUUUCCUCCUUUUAUUUUUUGACCUGGCGACCUAGUUUUAGACCCAACUUGAAACAGAUUUGAUCUGAACAUAAAGAUCAUCAAGAUUAACAUUCUGACCAAGUUUCAUAGAGAUAUUGCCAUAAAUGUGGCCUCCAGAGUGUUAAUAAGCUUUUCCUCUUAUUUGACCUGGUGACCUAGUUUUUGACCCCAGAUGACCCAGAUUCGAACUUACCCUAAAGAUCAUCAAGAUUAACAUUCUGACCAAGUUUCAUGAAGUAACAGUCAUAAAUGUUGCCUCUAGAGUGUUAACAAGCUUUUCCUCUGAUUUGACCUGUUGACCUAGUUGUCAAUCCAGAUGAACCAAAAUUAAACUCAUCCAAGAUUUUAUUGAGGGUAACAUUCUGACCAAGUUUAAUUAAGAUUGGGCCAAAAUUGUGACCUCUAGAGUGUUAUCAAGCUUUUCCUUUGAUUUGACCUGGUGACCUAGUUUUUGACCCCAGAUGAUCCAAUAUCAAGCUCGUCCAAGGUUUUAUUGAGGGUAACAUACAUUCUGACCAAGUUUCAUUAAGAUUUGGCCAAAAUUGUGAUCUCUAGAAUGUUAACAAGCUUUUCCUUUGAUUUUACCUGGUGACCUAGUUUUUGAAGCCAGAUGAUCGAAUAUCGAACUCAUCCACGAUUUAAUUGAGGGUAACAUUCUGACCAAGUUUCAUUAAGAUUGGGCAAAAAUUGUGACCUCUAGAGUGUUAACAGUGAAAUUGUCGACAACGGACGACAGACACAGGGUGAUCACAAAAGCUCACCUUAAGCACUUCCUGCUCAGGUGAGCUAAAAAUGAAACAAGAGCUCGUCGAACACGAAAUGCCCCCCUUGGUGCAUUCAGUAAUUGCACAAGGAACAGAAAUUAUAUGAUCACUGUAAAGCAAAGUUCUACCAUUCUGGUUUAAUCUGACCUUGACCUUUAACCUAUUAACCUAACAAGAGAUUACAGAGUGAUCUUGGUGCCAUCCACUGGGCCAUUUUUGAAUGUUCCAAAUUUCAAGACUAGCUCAAGGCAAAAUCAAGGUCAAAUUUCAUUUCGGUACAAAACAAUGUGUAUGUGGUCCAAAUUUGAAAGCUGUGGCUUGAGAAAUGUGAAAGCAGGUCACUAGAUCAAUUUCAAGGUCAAAGUUCAUUUCGGUAGACAGAACUAUGCAUGUGCUUCAAAUGUGGAGGCUGUAGCUUGAGAAAUGUGAAAGUAUGUAAUAGAUAAAAAUCAAUGUCAAAUUUCAAUUCAGAACACAAAAAUAUGCAUGCGGUCCAAAUUUAAAGCCUGUAGCUUCAGAAAUGUUAAAGUAGGUCACUCUCAAGAUCAAAGUUCAUUUCGGUACACAAAACUAUGCGUGGUUCAAAUUUGAAGGCUGUAGCUUGAGAAAUGUGAAAGUAGGUUACUAGGUCAAAAUCAAGGUCAAAUUUUAUUUCGGAACAAAAAACUAUGCAAGUGGUCCAAAUUUGAAGCCUGUACCUUCAGAAAUGUUAAAGUAGGUCACUAGGUCAAUCUCAAGAUCAAAGUUCAUUUCAGUACACAAAACUAUGCUUGUGGUUCAAAUUUGAAGGCUGUAGCUUGAGAAAUGUGAAAGUAGGUCACAAGGUCAAUAACAAGGUCAAAGUUUUUUUUGGUACACAAACCUAUGCAUGUGGUCCAAAUUUGAAGGCUGUAGCUACAGAAAUGUGAAAUUAGGUCACUAGGCCAAGAUCAAGGUCAAUUCAUGUCAAGGCUCAUCUUGCCACUCAAAACUAUACAAUCAUGUGGUCCAAAUUUGAAUGAUGUAAAUUAUGGACAUGAAGAUUCUAAGUUUUUCCCUAUACAAGUCUAUAUGAACCAUAUGACCCCUGGGGCGGGGCCAUAUUUGACCCUAGAGGGAUAAUUUGAACAAACUUGGUAGAGAACCACUAAAUGAUGCUACAUUAAAAAAUAUCAAAGCCAUAGUCUUUGUGGUUUGGACAAUCAGAUUUUCAAAGUUUUUCCCUAUAUAAGUCUAUGUAAACCAUGUGACCCCCAUGGCGGAGCCAUAUUUGACCCUAGGGGAAUAAUUUGAACAAUCUUGGUAGAGGACCACUAGAUGAUGUCAUAUACAAAAUAUCAAAGCCCUAGGCCCUGUGGUUUUGGACAAGAGGUUUUUGAAAGAUUUUUCCUAUGCAAGUCUAUAUAAACCAUGUGACCCCCGGGAUGGGGCCAUAUUUGACCCCAGGGAAAUAAUCUGAACAGUCUUAGUAGAGGACCACUAGAUUUUGCUACAUACCAAAUAUCAAAGCCCUAGGCUCUAUGGUUUUGGACAAGAAGAUCAGAAACCAUUUAACUGUUCCUGGCCAAUAUGACCUUGACCUCUUACCUUUGACCUAAUGACCUCAAAAUCAAUAGGGGUCAUCUGCUGGUCAUGGCCAACAUAACUAUCAAAUUUCCUGACACUAGGCCCAAGCGUUCUUGAGUUAUUGCCUGGAAACCAUUUUACUGUUCCUGGUCACUGUGAUCUUGAUCUUUGACAUACUGACCUCAAAAUCAACAGGGGUCAUCUGCUGGUCAUGGCCAACCUCCCUAUCAACUUUCGUGAUCCUAGGCCCAAGUGUUCUUGAGUUAUCAUCCGGAAACCGUUUUACCAUUCAGGGUCACUGUGAAAUUGACCUUUGACAUACAGACCUCAAAAUCAAUAGGGGUCAUCUGCUGGUGAUGACCAACCCCGCUAUCCACUUUCAUGGUCCUAGGCCCAAGCGUUCUGAAGUUAUCAUCUGGAAACGGAUUGGUCUACAUUCCGACUGACCGACAUCUGCAAAACAAUAUACCCCUCCUUCUUCAAAGUGGGGCAUAACUAGUGGUGUUUAUUGCCAUUUGGUCUCCGUUUACAGGUAGUAUGAUCAUAUGUAUGAAUGAGAUAGACCGUAGAAAGGAGAAUAGUUUCUGACAAUGCUAUGUCAGAGCAUUUAUCUCACAUGUGCAAAAUUUUAACUUUGGUGUGAAGUAGAUGUCUGCGCUAAACAAGGCUCACAACAGCUUAUUCAUUUUGUUGGUUUUAAAUUCACACAGCCAAAUUCAAGGUUAUUUGGUGACUUUCCCAGCUUUUGAUGAUAGAGGAAGACCCAAAGUGCCCCACCACGCAUUGUUUCGGCAUUGGGCGGGCACUUUGGUAGAACCACUGACCUUCUGCAAGCCAGCUGGAUGGCUUCAUGUAGAGUUCUACACCCCGAGCAAGGUUUCGAACCAACAUUGAUCAGUGGCAAGUGAUUCGAAGUCAGCUACUUUAACCACUCAGCCACAGAGGCACCUAACCUGAGCUUAACACAUAUGCUGCACUGUAAUUCGAGUACCCUAAAUGCUGAAUAGAUCUACAUCAGAAGGGAUCAAUUACAUUCUGAGAAUCUUUCUCAUUCAGCUUGAUGACCAGUGACCAGAGCAUUGUUCUAUGAAAAGGCAAUUCUGUCACAUGGGCUUUCUUGAUUUGUUAUAGUUAUUUGUCUUGUCAAUACAUUAAUUCAUUCUACAAUAUGAUAACAUUUACAGAACUGGCUUAAUUACAUUUUGAUUAAUUUUGUGUUGUGUUGUUCUUCUGUUUCUCUUUUUUGACAGCUCAUCUGUACAUAAAGUGCUUACAAGUGAGCUAGUGUAGCCAAUCUGCACUUACCUCAUUCUUCAGUCAACAAUUCAAUUGUAAACAGAUUUAAGAAUUCAUUUUUUGAGCAAUAUUCAUGAAACAUUCACAUGUGUAUUGCAAU